AUGUCUUCAGAUGAGUGGUCAGCAGCUGAGGAUGAAGGCCAGUUGUCCCGUCUCCGCAGGAAAUCCAGAGACUCCCCCUUCGUCCCUGUGGGGGUGGUGGGCUUUGUGGCUGUGCUGUCCUAUGGCCUUUACAAGUUAAAGUCCAGAAGAGAGGAGAAGGUGUCCCUUCGUCUCAUCCAUGUGCGGGUUGCUGCCCAAGCAUGUGCCGUGGGAGCUGUGACCCUAGGGGUUCUCCACUCUAUGUACAAGGAUUACAUCAGACCUCGGUUCUUCAGUGUACCCAGAAAAUAA